ACACGAAGGUUUUCCAACCAAGGAGAGGCGCCAUACCCGGAGGUGCUUCUUUUCUUUCUAGGAAAACCUAAACAAACCUAACUUAACUUGACCUUACCUUGCCUACAACCUACCUACAACCUACAAAUCUACAACCUAAAACCUACAACCUACAAACCUACAGUGCCUCUCCUCAGUUGGAAAACCUUCAUGUGAUGUCUGCUCCACUAAUGCCAAAUUGUAUAAUAUCUCGGUGCAGGUCAGGCAGUCUGCGUGAAGUUGCUUAUAUUACAAACACGACCAUGUUUUUGGUAUAUGCUAAGUCGAGGAAUGGCAACAAUUCAGCCACAUUGAUUCGCCCUUCAGAGCUGCCGACGUACGAUGAGUUUACCGACGGAGCGCAGCGGGAGUACGGCCGCCGGCCGGCCGGUGUCCUGCAGCAGUCUGUGGGCGAGGCGCGCCGCGCUGCCGCCGACUUCCUAGCCCAGUACCGCCAGACGUUUGACCGCGCCCGCCAUGUCGUCGAGACCGGCAGGGCGCACACUGCAGGAGCGCUGGACUACCUGCGGCACGAGACGAAUCCGGUUGCGCGCACGGCGGCCAUCACGGCCGGCGGCCUGGCCGGCCUGCUGGCGGCCGCGCUGCGCCGGCGGGGACUUCUCCAGCGGCUACUCUACACCGGCGUCGGGCUGACAGUGCCCACCAGCGCCUGCUACCCGAGAGAGACGGCCGCCUUCGGCCGCUGGACGCUGGAUCAGUCGGAAAAGUACGCCAGCAUCGCAUACAACUUCCUCGUUGGAGCCAAACCUGAUGGGAGCGCCCCGCCCAGCCCGGCGCCGGCGUCCAAACGGUCCGCGUCGGAGAGGGAGGCCGUCCAGGCGCCGCCGGCUGCCGCUCAGGUGCCGCCGUCCAAACGGUCCGCGUCGGAGAGGGAGGCCGUCCAGGCGCCGCCGGCUGCCGCUCGCCCCGCCCUGACUAUCGCACCCGUGGUGCCCGACCCGGGCCAGUCGCAGCCGGAGGACGACGACCUGUACACCACCCGGUCCGGCUGACUGACCAGCCAGCCAGCCAGCCAGCUCGUAGUGUGUGCCCACAGUGUCAAUCGCUGCUAAUAAAAUACAGAUGUAUUGUA